CAUUAGCUAGUGAUGUGAAAUUGAAUGUUUCUAGAAUUGGUACCACAUUGGUACGUACCGUAAAUCGUUGAUUCUUUGUACAACUAAAAUAUUUGUUUAUGUUUGCAAAAUAAGGGCAGAUGUGAUGGAAAUCCGGUAAAAUAUAAUCUAACAUUAAGUAAAAGGGACUAUGUAGUACAAAAUAUUUAAAUUCCAAACAUUUCUAUACUUUACUUGCCUUAGCUGUCAUCUGUGUCGAAUAUCAACAUCAUUUAUAUUCCUUUCCUGACUUUCCUCUUUAGUCUUAUCUGUGACUUUUCUUUUGCGGCCGUGUAUGUAGGCACUUGAAUUUUAUUCACGGCUAUUUUCAAGUGUUAAGUGUAAUGAUUUUUAUUAAAGAUUUACAAAAUGGAUGUGGUAGGCCUUCUGAAUAAUAUACAUGAUAAAUCGGAUAUGUUUGCGGUCAAGACAUGGACGGCGGAAUGGACUAAUAAUUUAGAAGAAAACCAGUUGCUAUGGUCGUUCUGCGGUUGCGUCGUGAUAUCCCUAGUCGUAGUUAUUAUCUAUUACUACAAGAGAUGGCGGUCGAAAGAAAUGUUAAACGGCGCCCCAGCCACAGUGGAGCCUACGAAGCGGUUCCGCAAACGCGACAAGAUGCUCUUCUACGGCCGGAGGAUGCUUCGCAAAGUGAAAUCCAUUUCCAACUCUGGCCAGGGCAGAAAACGCCGGGCGGUCAUGCGGUUUGCGAGGAAACUACUUCAACUGAAAAAGGAGUCAGCGCCUGAACAGUUGAAGGUCCUAGAACCGCCCGCAGAAUACCUAGAAGAAGACUUAACCAACGACGAUCGGGUGCCACCGGACGCUCUAUACAUGCUGCACAGUAUCCGAGUGUUCGGACACUUCGAGAAACCAGUGUUUCUGAUGCUGUGCAAGCACACGGAGAUCCUCAAUUUGCCCGCGGGGGCUUUUCUGUUCAAAGUCGGUGACACUGACGAGAACGUGUACGUGGUUCAAAAUGGCCGCGUCAAUGUGUACAUCACCAACCCGGACGGCAGUAGUUUGUCUCUCAAAGUAGUCAGAGCGGGCGAGAGCGUCACUUCACUGCUGAGCUUCACUGAUGUGCUCACGGGUCACUCCCAGCCGUACAAAACCGUGAACGCCAAGGCGUUAGAGGACUCGCAAGUGAUCAAGUUGCCGAUGAGAGCGUUCCAGGAGGUGUUCCACGAGUACCCCGACAUUUUCGUUAGGGUUAUACAGAUCAUCAUGGUGCGAUUACAAAGAGUGACCUUCACUGCGCUGCAUCAGUAUCUUGGCUUGAGCGCGGAGUUGGUUAAUCCAGGCCGAGAAAAACGCCGGCCUACCACAGUCGCCUCAUCGCCAGGUCGAAAAGCCACAGUGGAUUCCAGUACUUCUAUGCAUUCCCCACACCACAGCGAGAGGGUUGAACACAAUCAAGAAAACGGGCACAUGGCGUCCUCCCCCAUUAACAUCGCCAGGAAACCCAGGCCGGACAUGGUGCCCGACAUUACUACCAACACGCCGCAGCAGCAGCCGGAUGUGCAACCGACAUCGUCGUCUUUCCAAAGGUGCAAAGAGGGAUCGUCGUUCAAGAAGAACAAUACUGAUAAUAUGGAUGAACAGGCCCUCAUACGAAUAGCGACCGAAGCGUUCAUUAAAGAGCUCGGACUCGAAAACGACCAACUGCUGCAAGGCGCGGUCCAGGUCAGGGAUCUGCCCGCGGGAACUUACAUCAUGAAAGAGGAGAGCCAUAAGCUCUAUUAUAGUAUCAAAGGUGAACCAGAAAUAGUGCAGGACGUCGCGCUGGUAUACCUGCUGUCCGGAGCCCUGCUAGUGUCGCAAAAAGUCGCAGAGGGGGAAGGCGAGGUGCACAUGUUCACGGCUUACCCGGGCGAAGUCGAAGGUGGUCUUGCAGUGCUGACCGGCGAGCCAUCCUUCUUCUCCAUACGAGCGAAACACUUCUCACGAAUCGGUCUCCUUUCGAAGACCUCAGUAUACAGUAUCAUGCGAGAGAGGCCGUCUGUGGUGCUACAUAUAGCCAGUACUGUGGUGCGGAGGUUGUCGCCUUUCGUGCGACAAGUGGAUUUUGCUCUCGACUGGGUGUUCCUAGAGUCCGGUCGCGCUGUAUACCGUCAAGAUGAGGAGUCUGGAUCCACGUUCAUAGUGCUGAGCGGGCGUCUUCGCUCCGUCAUAACGCACCCUAACGGCAAGAAGGGUCUGGUCGGCGAGUACGGCAAGGGCGAUCUCGUGGGCAUCGUGGAAAUGGUGACUCAAACUCGCCGUAGUACGACUGUGAUGGCGGUUCGAGACUCUGAAUUGGCGAAGUUGCCAGAAGGCCUUUUCAAUGCGAUCAAGCUGCGGUUCCCGGUCGUGGUCACGAGACUUAUCAACCUGCUCGGACACAGGAUAUUAGGUUCAUGGCAGAAGCCGACAGCGGGUCUCGGCGGAGCGGCAUUAGAACCUCGAGUUUCCGCGCACAACUUCUCAACAGUGGCGGUCGUGCCUGUGAGCGACGACGUGCCGCUCACCGCCUUCACUUAUGAGUUGUACCACUCGCUCUGUGCUAUAGGCCCAACGGUCCGACUGACCUCAGACGUUAUUAGAAAACUGCUGGGCUUAACUAUUAUGGACCCCAAUAAUGAGUACCGGCUCAGCUCAUGGUUGGCUCAACAGGAGGACAAACACAAGGUCGCCCUCUACCAGUGUGACCCAAGCUUAACACAGUGGACGCAAAGAUGCAUCCGGCAGGCGGAUUGCAUCCUUAUCGUUGCCUUGGGAGACAAACAGCCCAGCAUUGGGAAGAUCGAAAAAGAAAUCGAGCGUCUAGCAAUCCGUACACAAAAAGAAUUAGUACUCCUGCAUCGCGAAGGCGGAGCCAACCCCAGCGGCACCGUCCACUGGCUGAACAUGAGAACGUGGGUCUCCCAGCAUCACCACGUCCGCUGUCCACAUCGGAUGUUCACCAGAAAGAGCCAGUACAGAGUUAGCGAGCUAUACAGCAAAGUGCUGAUGUCAGAAGCGAGCGUGCACUCGGACUUCUCUCGCCUCGCCCGUUGGCUGACGGGGACCUCAGUGGGCCUGGUGCUAGGCGGCGGCGGCGCCCGCGGCGCUGCCCACGUCGGCAUGAUACGGGCCAUACAGGAAGCCGGUAUACCCAUAGACAUGGUGGGCGGUGUGAGCAUAGGCGCUUUCAUGGGCGCCCUCUGGUGCAUGGAGAGGAACAUUACUACUGUCACACAGAAAGCCAGGGAGUGGUCACAGAAAAUGACCCAAUGGGGCAAGCAGCUAAUGGAUCUCACAUACCCAGCGACAUCUAUGUUCUCCGGGCGACAAUUCAACACCACAAUCCGUACGACGUUCGGCGAGGUCCACAUAGAGGACCUGUGGCUGCCGUACUUUACUGUCACUACCGACAUCAGUGCGAGCUGCAUGCGGGUGCAUAGACAUGAUACGCUGUGGAGGUACUGCAGGGCUUCCAUGAGUAUAGCGGGCAUAUUCCCGCCGAUCUGCGACCCGAAGGAUGGGCAUCUGCUGCUGGAUGGGUGCUACGUCAAUAAUGUACCUGCCGACGUAAUGCGCUCGUUGGGCGCCAAACACAUCCUAGCCAUAGACGUGGGGUCCCAGGACGACACAGACCUGACGAAUUAUGGGGAUGAUCUGUCUGGAUGGUGGUUAUUGUGGAAAAGAUGGAACCCAUUCACGACUCCUGUAAAAGUGCCAAAUUUGCCAGACAUUCAGAGUCGACUCGCCUACGUUUCCUGCAACCGGCAAUUGGAGGAGGUGAAAAAAUCCGACUACUGCGAAUACAUCCGACCGCCGAUCGACGCGUACAAAACUCUCCAGUUCGGGUCGUUCGACGAAAUCCGCGAGGUCGGGUACCGGCACGGCGCGGCGUACUUCGAGGGGCAGCGGCGCGGCGGCGGCGGCGGCGUGUCCGGCGCCGCGGCGGACUCGCGGCGGCCCGACGAGAUCCCGCAGCUGACCGACUACACAUUCACGGAUCUAGCACAAAUGGUGUGCUCGGUCCGCACGGGGCGCGGCACAGACAACGACUCCUCCUCCUCGUCCGACUACGAGGAGGACCCGAGGCACUUCGAGGGCUACGCCUCGGAGCCCAGCGCGGGCAUCAUGGAGAUGUCUUCAAGCGUUGAGGAGGGAGCGGCAUGGAUCAGUGACACUGAAUUGGAGGGUCUGCGUACCCGGCGCGUCGGUGGCUCCCUCUCGCUCUCUGAAGACGAAAUCGACUCAGAGUCGGAAGUUUAUGAUCCGCUUAAUAAGCGUGGAGGGGGCAGGUGAGACGCAACCCUGCACGACUUGUGCAAAGCGCUGUACGAGCACUCUCGCGGCGUCUGCCAAAACUGAACGGAUAAUAUACAUACGGACUAGGGGGCAGCACAGGAGACCCUUGUUUAUUGGCCAUGUUUCCGAUUUAGACCACAAGAUGGCAUCUACAACGCGCAAGCGUGCGUACACUGUAGGGCAGCUGGUUUGACGUGAAGUGACAAUGUCAAAAUUAAGUUUCCAAUUUAAGCCACAAGAUGGCAGACCCUCCAAUGUGCAAUACUUAACUAGAGCGGAUUAAAAUACCAAAUAUAGACCAGUACCAAGUGUAAAUAUUUUUAGGGAACUAUAGUGUGGGGUCUGUGGGGACACAUUAUUAUUGUCUUUAAUGUGGUAAUAUUUUGGGUCAUACGGUUCUGUUUCCCUUUUUCUGUUAGUAAUCAAGGACGCCCAAUUAUAUCUAUACAUACGAAAAAUUCGUAAUAAUUUAUUUUUUUGUCAUUUUUGGUAACGUAAAUACUUUAUUUCUAUAUAACGUGUCAUUCACGACGAAACCGUGUAUAUUAUACAGUAAUAUAUGAUACACCAGUAAUAUCAUGUUAUUAAUGGUAAGAUUUGACAAUUCUGCGGGUCAUCGUGGGUGACACGAACUGUAAUAAGGUAAAAGGCUCUUUCGUCGAUUCUAAUUCUUUCGUUUUUUCAGGUAAGGCAUUAAACAUCGACACGGCUAACGUGCCAAAAAUAUGUAUACACAACCUUAUUUCCAAUACAUUCAGGUAUUGUGUACAUAUUUUUGGCGCUUUAUCCGUGUCGAUACGUAUACUCUUAAGGGCUUAAAUUGCGAUUUUGUAAUCAGGUCAACGUGAGAAAACCGUCUAUCCGGUAAGACCGUCUACAAGCUCUUUCGUCACUUUUAACUCUUGCGUUUCUACAUAUACUCCACUUACAGAAGGACGGUAGAGCAGGAGUGAAGCUCUUCCUUUCUGACCGUGACUGAGCGGCGUAUGUAUAUAAAUACGAGAGUUUUUCCCCUUUGACGGUCAUCCCUGCAAUACAUAUUAUAUGCUGGUCUUCUCACAUUGACCUUACUGUAUGACCCACAAACGAUAUAUAUAAAAAUGUCACUCACGGAAACAUCUAUGGGUCAAACACAUUUUAGAAAAAGGUCACUUCUGUGGACAAUGCAAUAAAAGUUAACGACUCUGGUACAUAGAUAUCCCGUCUUAAUUGAGUCACAAGUACUGACAAAACGUAUCCUGCCUGAAAAGGUGCCACGUAAAAAUUUACUUUAGGUUCCUUGAAAUUUGCGAUGUCUACAGGAAAGACGCGAACGAGUUUGCUAAAAAAUGUGUAUGACCCCUAUGUUACUAGAAAGCGCGCAGGUGAUGGUUUAGCCCAUUGAGUCCCAGGGUUUGAAGUACGCCAGCCGAAAAGCUACCUUGAAGUGUUAGUAUUAGAAUCGAAUUUUGAAUGUCUGAUCUCGAUAUCUCGUCCGAGGGACUCGAGGGUUCAACUAUUUGAAAGCCUGAAUCCAUGACGAUAUCAAGGUAUCAUUGGCUUUUUAGUGCUAUAAUUUCUUAAUAAAUGUUGCUAUAAGGUCAAUACGGAUAAGUAUGGAUAUGUGAUAAAUGUGUGAAUGUAUGAACACACAAUAAACUCUAAUUAACGUUAAAAACAAAUAAAAAGUGGUAAACUUCUCUGUCUUGGGUGGGAUUUGAUUCCGCGACCACUGGAUCGCUAGUGCUCUGCCGUCUGAGCUACCAAGACCUUACCCAUUACAGCGAAUAUUUCCACCAUAGGGAUACCCUAGCGUCAUCUACCGUAAGGGUGUAAAAAAUAAUUAAUAUGUAAACGGCCCCAUUGUGAAUGCCAGUCAUACUUAUCCCUUUAGCCACACUUCUCCGUAUUGACCUAAAAUAAGGCAUUAUGUAUUUAAGUGUUUUUGUAUCAACCUUACUAGAUAGAAGUAUUAGCGACAAUAAAUACAUUGACUUCCUGUUUGUAUAUAUAGAUCGUACAUUCGCCGCCAGAUAUAUAGGAGCCGCCACAGUGGUCACAAAUAUCUAAACAAGCUCUAACGUUUUGAUAAUAGAAGUUUUGUUUAGAUAUUUGUGAAUACCUUGGCCGAUUGGCUUGGUGACUGUAUAUUUUGAAUAGGAUUCCGUAACACAGACUGCUCAUUUAACACCAUUUUAUAGUGUAAUAUACCAUAUAAGUCACAUUUUAAACACAUAAUGGUGGCCUUUUCGUGAAUAUCACAUUGGCCUUAAUAAUGUUUAUUAAAAUUUGAAUAAUGCAAGAAAAUCGAGAAUUUAAAUAAUCAGUUGAUUUUAUUGGUUUAAUAACCACAUUUCAGAGAUAGAUAGAUCUUUUCGGUAAUGCUAUGUCAAAUAUUCAUAUCACUAUAGAAAAGAAUAUCACACAUUUAAAAUUAUAUGUAGGGUAUAUUUUAGUAAUAUCGCUGUAAUGCAAAACGUUUAGCAAUAAUAUAUAAAACGCUUAAAGUAAUUUAAAUGGUUCCGACGUUUUUUGAGCAGCGCGGUUAAAUCCGUCUGUGGGAUAAUUUCGUGAAUUCCGUUAGUUGACUGUUGAAAUACGCUCGUUUGGAGUAUUCGAGGAAAGUGUCGGGUACGUGACGGUAUUUUAGAACACUUUUAGUAAAGCUAAGAAAGCCGAUAUUUGACAUGAUAACGUUUGAAAACAUAGCUUUAAAUUCAAAGACAUAAAACUCCCUAUAAGAUAAACAAAGUCUAAGAAAAAAACGUGCCUCGUAAAAUCAAGGAAAAAAUAUUUUCGAAUAGUGGCGAUAUACCUUUGGCCUAUACUCGAGUAGAUGACGAUAACCGUUUGAUAUAUAACACAUAUCAGUGAAAGAACAUGGGUCAAAUAGCCAUAAUAUGUCAUUCUAAGAGUUAUAGUCCUGUGUCGAAAGAUGGCAGUAAAUUUAGUUGACUACAAAAUUUACUUUGACCUGAUACUAAAUUCUCUUUGAUAUUAUUUAAGUUGCUGCCUUACGCGUCACAUCCCCGACAAAGUGAGCUUUUUUGUAAAAUGUCUCAUAUACUGAAAUCCCGCAAACCUAUUUAGCUGCACUGACCUUAGUAAAAAACUUUUGGUAUUUGCAUUAUAACUACUAUAUUAUCUAAUUAAUAAGGUAUGUGAGCUCUUAAAAAGCGCUUCGGGUCAAUUUUUUACAUGUAUCUUGUAUACGUAUGCAAACAUUGCCAUGGCAACCAAUGCCGCAAAAAAUACUAAACUGUUUCAAUCCGUUUCCAAAUAAAACCCAGUGUACAGUCGUAAUAAAUAUCGGAGCGGCCAAGGUUGUCACAAAUAUCUGAACACGCAUGUAUUAUCAAGGCGCUAGAGUGCAUGUUCAGAUAUUUUUGAGCACCUCGGCUGCUCCGAUAUACCUAAAAUACGACUACACGUUGAUAUUGCUAAAUAAAAUAAUGUAUAAUAUUCGAGAUUUCGAACCCGAAGGGCAUUUUGACAUAGCGAACAGUUAAAACUAUUGUAAGGAUUGUAAAUGUAAUAUUAUUGUAAAUAAAAAAAUGAUAAGACUCUUGAAACGAAGUAUUGUCUUAGCUAAUUUGAUAAUUCAAUUACAUUAGUAAAUAAAAAAAUUGCAAGAAUUAGCUAGUAAAAUUAGGUAAGUAUUAGUGCGGAACUUGUGAUAAAAUUGUGACUAAUCCAAAUUUACAUUUUACCUUCGAUAUACUUUAGUGCCAUAUGAUGUAUAAGACGUACCUAUGUAUAAGGCUUUUUCAGUCUAGGGCGAACCUAAUGUUAUAGAGCAAUAAUAUUUUAUUCAUAAAUAUAUCGAAUACAUGCCUAGUUCCAUGUGGCUACAUCAUUUCCAUUUUAGUGUAGCAUUUUAAUAGACGUCACGAAUCGUAUGUAAUGAUAUCGUAUUUAAAUUUCUUCCAAGAUAAAGUUUUUAUUUGUAUAAGGUAAGGUGGGGUAAGACUGUCACCGGGACAAGACAAACACUUGUAGUGAAUCCUGUUUGUCUUAUUCCGAGCAAAAUAAACUAUGUUCGUCUUUCCCCACCUUAUCUACUACCACUUUCGAUUUGCAAGACCGAAGGGAUACCAUAAGAGCUCUGUCGACAAAGUUUUUUACGGAGCUCUAAAAAUCUACAACAAAAUAAAAGUUAGCCCGUUUAAACUGAGAUAAAUAUUAUAAUUGUACUUUCGAUGAUACAAUGAUAAUCCUAACGAGUGGGGCCAUUUCGUCGGCAUUUUACGUCAAUAGGAUAUGUCUAUAUCAGGGUUUUAUUUUAUAAUAAUCUAUAUACCAGUUUUACUGCAGUCCAACGUUUCCCAAAUUAUAGGUCGCGACCCAUCGGUGGGUCGUGAGCGAAUAAUAAGUGGUCCUGAAACAUAAGACGAAAUUUCGACCUAUCGGGCUAUCUGAAGUUAUCAAUAAUAUUUUAUGGUCCCUUUUUACAUGGCCAAAAGGUUGGUCCCGAAUUUGGCACUUUUUGUGAGAUGGGUCGGAGCCCAGUCUAACUCUGCAUGGCAUUCACAAUAUGUUAAGGAUGCUUGUGAGUUUUGAUUGAGAUUUUAUUAUGAGUGUUCGUCUCUAAAUCAAUUUACAGUUUCCAUUCCAAUAAUUAUCGUCAAAUUUAUAUGAAAAUGACGUCCUACGUGUAAAGGUACCUUAUGGCGGUUAUUAUUAAAGACGCGACGUAAGAGCCGAUCGCCAUAAGGUACCUUUACCCGUAGAACGUCACAUAUGACGUUUAGGUAUAAUGACAAUCCCUCACUUGACCACAUCAAGUGAGUGCAAAGUUAACUUAGACGGACUGUGAGGGUUAUACAACGUGUCUCCCAUCAUGACACACUGAGCUACUUUAAUUAUGGGACCAACCCCUAAAUCGCUUAAAACAAUUGGGCUAUUUCAUACAUUUUGGUUGAUCAGAUGCCGAUGUUUUCUAUAACAAGCUGACCAAUUUUACUAUAACUGUCUUCAAUAAUCGAUGCCAUCGCUGGUAAGUUUGUAUUAAAAUACGACCAUUGUAACAGCUUGACGUAAUUACCGUUCUAACGGAAUAGCCCCGCUUGGUCUUACCUUAUUUUGUAUUAAAUGAUAAUAUACCGGAUAUGGUGCAUAAGCAUAGAAACGUAUAUUCUUGCUAGAAAAACAAAUAUUUUGACGGCUUUUGUAUAUUUGCACAAUUUUGACUUCCAACAUUCUUGUGGCUUGGAAUACAAUAUUUUUAUAAUACACUGUAGGUGACACAAUGUAAGACAGCAAAAGAAUUGUAUAAUAUAAUUAUUAUGGGUAACCGUGAAUAUUUGAAUUUCAUAGACUAAUAGUUUUUUUUUUUAUUAUUAUCUUAAUUUGUAUUGUUUUAUUUGUAAUAUUUGAUUAUUGAAGAAAUCAGACGCCUUACGAUAGACACAUUUUUGACAUCACUUUUAUGAAUGUUCGAAGUUACCCCAAAAUUAUGUUUUCAAAACUACAUAUGGAAGUUUUCCAUAUAUUUUUAAUGUAAAACUGUGUAUGACGUAGUUUAUAUAUCUUUAAAUAUAGUGUAUUUUUGUUAAAUAUACGUAAUAUAUUUAAGGCACUGACAUGUUUAAUAUAACCGUUCCUUGUAAGGUAUACUCAAGCUAUCAUACCUAACUGAACUGUAUUUUUAUAUAUCUAAAACGACAGUUCGAUCGACCAGUUUCUACUAAAUCAGGGGGCCUAGUCAAGUUACAAGUGUUGAUAGAAAACUACAGUCGAAAGUAAAUACUUAACAUAUGGAAUCAAUGACGUGCCUUUUCGUUUUCCUUUUUUAGGGUUCCGUACCCAAAGGGUUAAAACUAACUAAGACUCCGCUGUCGGUCUCAAUUGAAAUUUUCACAGAUGUAUUUCUGUUGCUGUUAUAACAACAAAUACUAAAAAUUACGGAACCCUCGACGGGCGAGUCCGAGUCGCACUUGGCCGGUUUUUUUUCGAUCAGCGUUUGUCGAUGUAAAAUGGGGUUGGGAACUGUCAAAGGUUUGCAUAGAUAGAUAGAGGAUUAAAAGGCUGGAAUCCAGGUUAUUAAAUUAAAAAAAAAAACAAGGAUUUGUCAAUUCUAGGGAUUGACAGGGCAUGCUAUGCUGGCGCCAUCUGUUAAAUACUAAGACCGGCCAACCCCAUUGUCAUCUUGGCUAUGGUCCUUGAGAUUGGGUAGAAUAUUGACCAAUCGAAUUUAGUAGGUAUAAAAACUACCGUGCUAAUCUAAAAGACGAUUGUUUUAUGGUACAGCGAGGUCGCCUUUAAGACUCAUUCGAUUCAGCCGAUUAAGAAAAUGAGUUAUGUAAUAAUCACACACUAAGUUGACAGAUAGACAGACGUACGGUCGCUAAGUCAAAACUAUGACUAUUUAGCACACGUGCACUUAUCGAGUGUCGCGUGAAAUAAACACGAAGAAAUCCGCAUGUUAACCCUUUUGCAGGCCGCACCAACAUACACGGUUUUCCUAUAAAAUAAACAAUAUAUUCCAAUUAAUUUAACUUUAAAGAUUUAUUUCGAGACUUGUCACAUUUCCCGAAAGUCCAAUCUAAUUUGUACCUUAAAUCCGAGAAUCCGACAAGCUGUUACAUCGGAUCGGAUAAGGUUGAAAUUGUAUUGUCGCGUAUGUGGUCGAUAAAUCGCCUGGAAAAGGAUUAACCAUUUAUAGGGCACAAUAACAUAUGGGAAAAUAAAUGUAUGGUAAUCUGGUCCGUUAACACAUUCACCAGCGUUUUCCCGCUUUGUACAUGAGUGUUGCCGCCGAGCGGGUCCCCGGCACUCAACGUAUUAAAGGGUUAAACUCUGACUGAAAAUAUGACUAGUAUAAUGACACUGCCACACUUUGUUCUGCAGUCGGUCAGAAGCUUAGACGGACUGUAUGAGAUCACACUUUUAUCCUAGCGACUGCUUCUGCUUAUCUGUCAAGUGAUAAAUAAUAAUACGUUGGUUUUUGUAUUGGUAUACACGACUGAGAUAGCUAUAAGUUUGCCAAAUGGCACAAAAUGUACUUUCGGUACUUUUAACCCUUGGACGGUCUUCACACAUGGUUUAGAGCUGGUUGCGCCACACACGAGUAAAAUUUCUCACACAAGAAAAAUUGGAAGAGUACAAUGAUCUCCACAAACGGUUUCGUGCAACCAGCCCUGAACGCUCGAGUUGGGCGUGCAGCGCGACGGGGCGUGCGGCGUGCAUGUUGAACAAAUGCAUUAGGCCUUAGUGCGCGCUGCUCACAGCACUCGUGAGCCCGACGCCGCGCUGCACGCCCGCCGAGCGUCCACUCAGGCCUUACACUUAUGCGAAUUUCGCACACCGACUUUAAAUUAGAUGAUCUAAUGACCGUAUAUUGUUUUACGCGGUAAUCGCAGCGGUAAGCGCAUUCUAUUUUCCCCUACAUUCCGUGAUCGCAUGCGUUCAACGCUGCGUCCAUCGCACAAAACAACCACGCGCUUAAUUCAAUUUGUACCUAAAUGACUUAAUAUCAUUAAGUUAUAUCCACACUACACUAUGUCUUUAACCUUUUGGACGCCAAUGACGGAUAUACCCGUCACUGACCACAGAGCAACAUUGUCCUACGUGACGUUGCGUCCGAGAUUCAGCUUUUGUGUUUGACAUGGCGUCGAGAAGGUUAAAUUGUUGCAGAACUCUAAGAAAUUGGAAAAAAGUCGCAAAUUAUGAACCAAAAAAAGGCAGUGUGUGGUUACAGCUAUAGACGUCCAGGACUUAAAAGGGUUAAAUAUCUGUUUCACUCGAUUCACAUGGUACUGAAAGGGAUACUAAUAUACCAAAUGUGUAGCUCAAGUAGAUUUUAAUUGUUUGUUUACGUUCUUGGGUUCAAAAUAAAUGUGCUUAUCACUUG